UUUAGUUUCAUACAUUUUGUUUUCUAAGCUUAAUAUUUAAUAUGGCAUCAAAGCAGAUUCAGUGUGAAAUGUGCUGUAAUGAAAAUGCAGUUGGAUAUUGCAAAACCUGCGGAAACGUUGGAGAAACUUGUAUAGAUGUUCACAAGACAGUAAAGGUAUUUCAAACUCACAUGAUCAGUUUAAAUGAGGAAAAUAAUGAAAAUCAAAAGUUCAUUAAACAGGACAUCACAGAAGAGAAAUGUAAGCAACAUCCGACAGAGAGAGCUAUAUUUCUUUGUAAAAUUCAUGAAACCAUGAUUUGUGGGAGAUGCCUUCAUUCGGGACAUCUUCCUUGCGGACAAGAAAUCGUUGACUUGCUGCAUGAAGCAGAUUCUCUUGAUUUCGAGAAAGUCAACAAAAUGAAGUCAGCUUUGAUGGAGGUAAAAGAUGAAAUUUUGCUUACGAAAGAUGAAGCAGAACACAGUAAGAAUAGCUCCAAGAAUAAUGCUGAGAAAUGUGUGCAAGAAUGUAUGGAGUUAGGAAAUAGAAUUAAACAACGUGCAGAUGAACUGACAAGUGACAUUAUACAUGGAAUAACAAAGACACAUGACAUAAACGUGAGCACCCAUUCCAGUAUUACUCAGACGUGUAACGACAAAACCAAGUGGUGUGAGGAUGAAGAAAAUAAAAUUAAUAAUUGUGUUGACAAUAAUAUGGCUGGGCACUUGUACCUAAUGCACAGACAUUUUGAGAAAGAGGUUUCGGAUGCCAGCUUCCACCUCAAAGAAAUCAAACACAAACAUACUUUUAAAGGGUUUGACUUUAAAGAAAAUAAAGUUAUACUUAAAUGCCUGUUUGAGGAUUUGGAGGAAGUUUGUGAACAUCAAGAAGAAGUUACUGGAAGUGACGAUGGAAAUUCCGACGAUGUUUUCAUAUCACCUACAAAAAUAAACAAGACCCGGCGGGAGCUCACUGCACUGUUGAAUCAAACCAUGCAAGACUUAGAUCAAUCGGAAAGGGCAAGACAGGCACUGUGUGAUGAGCUUAAACAAGUGAAACAAGACAGAGAUCAUUCAGAAAAGAAAAGGAAGAUAUUCGAACAAGAAUUAGAGAAAGCAAAACAGGACAUAGAUGAAUCUGAAAAGGCAGGAAAGUCAUUCGGACACGAGUUGCAACAAACAGGGUUUGAAGAGUAA